AUGGCGCACGGCGCGGAAGACUGCGCGACCGUCCUGGAACAGUUUGUGCACGAUGCAGCAAACUUGCCCGCUGAGAUCAAUCAUUUAAUGGAGGAGAUUCAAGCCAAGGACAAAGUUAUGCAGGAAUGCCGGGCAACUAUCAACUCUCGCGACGGCAGCAUCCAAAAGUUCAUUAAACUUAACGGUAGCCUGGCGCCCAACCCAAAAGAAGAACAGUACAGCAAAUCCGUUCUCCAAAAUAUCGAUCGCAGCCAACAGCUUCAAGAAGAGAAGAUUCAACUCAGCGAGAAGGCAUGCGUCCUACUAGAUCGUCAGAUUAAGCGAUUGGAUGUGCGCAUUCGAGACCUAGUCAACGAAGGCCUACUCACAAACGACCCUCCUCUUCCCUCACUCUUCGACAACAAGAAUAACUAUCGCGACCCACCUCGUGUCUUCUUUCCAGACUCCAACCCCUCCGAACCGUCCUCCUAUACCACCCCUCUCAACCCUACAUCUGGAAACACAAAUCCCAUCCUGGCUGCAGCACAGCGUCUGAACCAGUCCACCACUCCCCGCCCUGUUCCCUCUCUCGCCGUGCAAGCAGCUGCUCGAAGCUCAGCACCUGCAACCCCAGCUGGAAGCACAGGCGUGCACCUUCAACAGCGCCAGCGCGAGCUAUCAGCCGGCGCAGUUGACAGUAAACGCCGACGCCUAAAUCACCCCUCUCUAAAUACUCUCCCGGUCGCCUCAUCAAACCUCCGCCAAUCAUCUAUGGGUCCAGGAACGCCUAAAGCCGGCACACCAGUCACCAGCCGUGCAGGCAGCGCAGGCCCACGCGCAAGCGGAGCGAUCAAAAAGCCUCUCACCAAGAAAGUCGCGCCACAUCAGCAAGUAAAGAGGCUUAAGUCUGGUUCCAACAAAGCAAGUAAACGGUCUUCGAGUACUGGCCACCGGGUGAAAUCGUCGAAGAAAUCGCCUAAUGGGGAAGGCGAUGAAGACGAUGAUUCGCUUCUCAGCAGUGCCGAUAUUUCAGAUUCAGAUAAGAGCGAUACUGGUGGUGGUGAGGACGAUAUGGAUGAUGAUGAGGAAGAGGAGGAGGGAAACGAAGAUAGCAAGGUUUAUUGCACUUGUCGAACUGUUAGCCAUGGGGAUAUGGUGGCUUGCGACAACGAUAGUUGUCCAUAUGAGUGGUUCCAUUGGAAGUGUGUUGGUUUGACCAGGGAGCCUGCGGGGACAUGGUUUUGUGAUGAGUGUAGGAAGACUCUUGCCAAAUAG